UGGGUCAUAAAGAAAGCCAUAAGCUAAGCUGGCCGGAUAACUUUAAACGUAGAGGCCACUCAGCCAGCCUUGUUCAUAAGCACCUGCAAACAGGAGAGAAAGGGGAGCCCCUUCCCUCUCAUUAUCAUCAUUCCAAAAGCAAAAGUAAAAGAAAAAGAAGAAAGAACCCUCCCCGAGAGAGAGAGAGAAAGGGGUAGCGGAAGAGAUAAUAAAGAGAAGAAAUCAAGAAAGAAGAAGGGUUUUCUGUGCAAGAAAUUUGAAGAGCAAUGAUGCAGACUCAAAGGACGCUGGAAAACCAACAGUCUCUGAUGCAAUCCGGUCAGAUUUCUGGCAGUUUGAGUUUCAACGGGACUUUGUCGAAAGAGGACGAGGAGAUGUCAAAGUCUGCUCUCUCUACCUUCAGGGCUAAGGAGGAAGAGAUUGAGAAGAAGAAGAUGGAAGUUAAGGAGAAAGUUCAGGCUCAGCUCGGCCGGAUUGAAGAAGAAACCAAGCGUUUGGCCACCAUCCGUGAGGAACUAGAAGCCCUUGCGGAUCCCAUGAAGAAAGAAGUCUCUCUCGUUCGCAAGAAAAUCGAUGCAGUUAACAAAGAGUUAAAACCACUGGGGCAGACUUGCCAGAAGAAGGAGAGAGAAUACAAAGAAGCCCUUGAAGCUUUCAAUGAAAAGAACAAGGAAAAAGUACAACUCAUCACUAGAUUGAUGGAGCUGGUGAGCGAGAGCGAGAGGUUGAGGCUGAAGAAGUUGGAGGAGCUGAGCAAGAACAUAGAAACGAUACGAUCUGCCUGAUGUUGUAUCAUUGUUGACGUCUAAUUAGGAUUGUGUGAUGUAUUUAAGAAAUGCGUUGUUAUUUAUAUAACGUUGGUGUUUUCGGGUUUGGUUGUAUUCUACGGUUAUCUUGUUUGAUGGAUUAGCUUUUGAUGGUAAGGAGUUUCUAAUUUUAGGAAGGGGAAAUUCUCUCCUUAAAACAGGUUUGUAACUAAAACAUGUCUCAAACUAUGUAUUCUUGUAAGUUUCUCUUUGUAUUUUUUACUACAUGUUUCAGUUUCCUAUUCUGGAAUUAUGUAAGUAGUGCAUUGCAAGGAAGGUUUGGCCUUGGAUUC